AUGCCGUCGCAGUGGAGGCAGUACGUGCUGCGCGGGUCUGAGCGGUUGAUCGCGGAGACUACGAGGGACGAGCUUGUGCGGCAUGUCGCUGGGUCGCUCGUGGACGUGUCCGUAAAGCAGUGGGCGAGCGGGUGGGGGCGGACGUCAGGAGACCAGGAAGACCAGCAAGGAGACCAUCAGGGUCCUGGCCAGGACCCUGAUGGUUCCGCUGGUCCCGCCAGCUCCACUGCCCCUCCACUAUUAGAUAUCCUUCUCGAUAGACUUAUCGCACGGAUGGUCCCGCGGGAGUUGCCCGAGAGGGAGAAGCUUGUUGAGUCCGUGUCCCCUGGGGGUCCCGAUUCCCCAGCGAUCAGUGCCUCAGUGUUGGCCUCAAACAUGAAGCGGAUGGGGAAGCAAAUGGAGCAUUUGUUUGCCGCGCAGGACCGGCUCGUGCGUGUGCUCACGUGGCGCAACGAGACGGGUACGCUCGUCCUCUUGCUCGCCUUGACAGUGUUCUGCUACAACCCGAUGUACCUCGUGCUUCUUCCCCUGCUGGCGCUGCUCUUCGGUGUCGUUGUCCCCGCGUAUAGGGAGCGGCACCCACGGGAACUGCAUGUGGUACCUUCUCGGGCACAGGGCCGCACACUCGGUAAAUCGCUACUCAAAAGGGUCGCAAGGGCAAGCUGCGGGUCUGCAGUGCACAGGAAGACCGUAGAGGAGGCGCUCCUCGAGGAUAACGCGAACCUUCAAUUGCUCGUGAACCUCAGAGAUUUCCAGAACAUGGGAACCACCACGCUACGACUUACGGAUGCAAUCAACCACUUCCUCACUGUGACCUGUGCGUUCCAUGACGAGAGACGUACGACUUUGUUCUUUGCCGGCGGGAUCACCUCUUACAUCAUUCUCCAACUCGCGUCGAAGUACGUCAACUGGAGUCUCCUCGUCAGCGCGGCCCUAUGGACCCUCAUGCUCGCGACACACCCGAGGGUCAGACCGCGACUCCACAACGCAAUGAAAAGAAUCCACCACCACCCGUCACAAACCAACACCGAGGGAUCCCCCGGUGCUGGACUACACGAUGUGGUCGUCGAUGACCAACCGGUCACGGGGCACGUAGAGAUAUUCGCCAUAUACAGGGAGGCACUCGUCCCUGGGAGUUAUAAGUUCUUCCUGUGGUCUCCAAACGUGUUCGACCCACAGGACGAGUGCCGAAGGGCACAGCAGGCCCCACCCGGUGUCAGAGAGCUCGAGGACGUUCUGCCGCCGGACGGCUGGACGUUUGACGCGAACUCCACCUGGGUGCUCGACCGCGACGUCGCACGGUGGUCUAGCGAGAAGUCGCUCCAGUUGCAAUUGGACGACGAAGCGUUCCUCAGGGACACGGUGUUCAAAAGGCAACGGUUCACCCGCAGAGUCAUCAGAUUGGUCGAGUGA